AUGAGAAGGAACUUUUUUUCAUUAUUAAUUAAUUAAUAAAUGCGAAAAUCCUAGAAAAUGCCAUCCUAAUAGCAAAUGAAAAAUGUAUUAACAUCAACUGUGGCAUCUUAAAUCACUUAUAGUCCUGAGUAAUCUCCAAUGAAUAAACCAUUAUAAUAAAUGACAAGAAAGACAUCAAUGAUUGAAUUGCUUAGAGUAGAAAAUGAAGCUGUCAGAAUAAAACCUCAAAAAGUUUUAUAAAUCAUUAAAGAUGCAAAAAAAUAAUUAUUCUCUUAAUAAAAUCCUCGAAAUGAAAAAAAAUAAAAACCAAGAGUGGAAACAUCAGAAGGUUAAAUUAGAGGUUUAGAUUUUACAUUUGCAUAGAACUUCUCAAACAAAUAAAUUAUAAUGAAAGAAUUCUCAACAAAUGGUCUCCGAAAAAAGUUUUUUAUAUGA